UACCUUAAAUUUUCGUAAAACAAGGAAAAAAAACCAUUCACACUGUAACUGAUCGAAGUACUAAGAAACCCUAAGAAUAUCUACUUGAAAAUUUUCCAAUUUCCCAAAUCUUUCAACUGCUCAAGGUAUGAGAAUUGUGAUUAUCUACUAAUAGGAAGAGGAAUUUAGGAAUUCACGAGAUUCUUAAUAUUACAAUUCAAAAGGUAUGUUCAUGAAUUCCUAAAUUCACGAGUAUCUGCAAAACAAAGGAAGAUGAAGAAUUUAGAUUUCAUGAAGAGGAAAAGGUAUGUUCAUGAUUUCUUUCAAUAUUAUUUCGAAAUUCUUCCAGAAUCCUUUUGCUUAGACUUUCAGGCAACUGCUACAAAGAAAGUUCAACUUGAUUUGAUGGAGAUGUUGCAUAUACCAAAAUGUGUAAAAUUUGUUAGUAGCGUGAACAGGCCGAAUUUGUUUUAUAUGGUGAGAGAGAAAUCAUCAACUGGAAAGUUGGUGGUUGAUGAAAUUGCUGAAUUUAUAAGGGGAUCAUAUCCUAAUAAUGAAUCUGGAAUAGUUUACUGCUUCUCUAGGAAAGAAUGUGAGCAGCAGGUAUGUGAAAUUAUUCAAGAAAACCCAAGCAAAGAGGCGAAAUUCGGAUUAUCAGUCGAGCUUCAAAAGCCAUGUUCGAGCUGUUGUUGCAAGCAUGGUACUGCUGGACGAGCGGACAAAUGGCAACAUCUUUAUGCAGGAUUUACUGUCUGGUUAUCAGAAUCUUAAGCAAUAGGUGAACAAUGAGCCAAUGAUGGAGAUCAAACAUAGAUGUUUUAGUAUAUACGCUAUUGGUGGCGGGAUCUUGCUAGCUAUAUAUUGCAAUAUGGUGCUUUUAGGUAGUAUUUAGAAGGAAUUUAGGAUAUGUAUACGCUAGAAAUAUUUUGUGGCAUGCUAAACAAUUAUUUAGUUUGGUUUGAUGUAAUACAUUUUGUUUAUAUUAGUAACAAUUUAGUCAUCGGAUUGUAGUACUCUUAUAUAUUCAUUAGUUUGAAAAUUUUAAAUA